UCCAGAGGAGUUCACCAGAUUGACAGCUUUUGGUGUUGAGCGGUUGGAUACAGUCGGUUGAAUACAGUAUAGUUCAGCAAACGCCUUUUUUUUAGCAAGCAUUGAUAUUCAGUCUCACCAAACAAUCCUAAUAUUCUUUUUUUUUCAGGUAUCUCGCCUGCAAGGCAAAGACUGGCACCUGGCUCUGAUCGGCUAUCGGCGAGGUAAGAAGACGACGCUGAAGUUUGACACCUUCGGGGACGACGAGCUGGACAGGGCGUUUAAAUGUGUGGGCGCUGACGGCAGAAAAACGCCAAAUCAAGCCGAGGAGCUCAUCAUGAAGAGCUUCUACCGCUUCGUUCGGCUUAACUGUCGCCGAGUUCAAGAGAUGCCGGGCUUCCCUGGGCUGCAAUGUGCCAGCUGCAAAGGACCGAUGGGCGUGAAUGCAGCCGACGAUCCUGCUUCGGAUGAAGAAGACGAGCAUGGGGCCACAGACGAUGAGACAUCUUUUGACCGUCCCGCCCAGAUCCAACCCACUUGUCCCGACCAGUCCACGUCCACCCGGCCCACCCAGUCCACGUCCAUCCGGCCCAUCCAGGUCCCCACUGUCCGCCCUGCCCAGGUCCCCGCUGUCCGCCCUGCCCAGGUCCCCGCUGUCCGCCCUGCCCAGAUCCCAUCCGUCCGCCCUGCCCAGAUCCCAUCCGUCCGCCCUGCCCAGGUCUCCGCUGUCCGUCCUGCCCAGAUCCCAUCCGUCCGCCCUGCCCAGGUCCCCGCUGUCCGCCCUGCCCAGGUCCCCGCUGUCCGUCCUGCCCAGGUCCCCGCUGUCCGUCUUGCCCAGGUCCCAUCCGUCCGUCCUGCCCAGGUCCCCGCUGUCCGUCCUGCCCAGAUCCCAUCCGUCCGCCCUGCCCAGGUCCCCGCUGUCCGCCCUGCCCAGAUCCCAUCCGUCCGCCCUGCCCAGAUCCCGUCUGUCCGCCCUGCCCAGGUCCCCGCUGUCCGUCCUGCCCAGGUCCCCGCUGUCCGCCCUGCCCAGGUCCCCGCUGUCCGCCCUGCCCAGGUCCCCGCUGUCCGCCCUGCCCAGGUCCCCGCUGUCCGCCCUGCCCAGGUCCCCGCUGUCCGUCCUGCCCAGACCCUGUACAUCCGUCCUGCCCAGACUACGGCCACUCGUCCCGUCCAGUCUUCGGCCACCCGUCCUGAUCCGAUCCGGUCCUCACGAGUUCGUCCCUAUCCCUUCACCGAAGAGUCCGAGCCCCCCACCAAGGUCAUCUACGUGGUCCGUAACUAGCCGAGACGUCAAGUGGUCCGGCAUGUGACGUGGGCAUAUGACUUGUGCGCCAAUCGUUUGGAAAUACAUGCCCUUUUUUGA